GGGGGAGGUAACGGGCCGGGCGGUACCAUGCGGCGGUGAGGGCGCCGCCGCCGCCUGGGCUGGGGAUCGGGCCGGGGAAAAGAAGCGUCGGGCCGCGGGCUCAGGAGCAGUCUCCCCCGCCGCCGCCGCCGCCGCCGCCGCCGUCCGGGCAUGUCGUCCAACUGCACCAGCACCACGGCGGUGGCGGUGGCGCCGCUCAGCGCCAGCAAGACCAAGACCAAGAAGAAGCAUUUCGUGUGCCAGAAAGUGAAGCUGUUUCGGGCUAGCGAGCCGAUCCUGAGCGUCCUGAUGUGGGGGGCCAACCACACGAUCAAUGAGCUCAGCAAUGUUCCAGUCCCUGUCAUGUUAAUGCCAGAUGACUUCAAAGCAUACAGCAAGAUCAAGGUGGAUAAUCAUCUCUUCAAUAAGGAGAACCUACCCAGCCGAUUUAAAUUUAAAGAGUACUGCCCGAUGGUGUUCCGAAAUCUCCGGGAAAGAUUUGGCAUUGAUGAUCAGGAUUAUCAGAACUCAGUGACACGCAGUGCCCCCAUCAACAGUGACAGUCAGGGCAGAUGUGGAACACGUUUCCUCACCACCUAUGAUCGUCGCUUCGUCAUCAAAGCUGUGUCAAGUGAGGACGUGGCCGAAAUGCACAACAUUCUCAAGAAGUACCACCAGUUCAUAGUAGAGUGUCAUGGAAACACUCUUUUGCCCCAAUUCCUGGGCAUGUACCGCCUGACUGUGGAUGGUGUGGAGACCUACAUGGUGGUCACUAGGAAUGUGUUCAGCCACCGGCUGACUGUACACCGGAAGUACGAUCUCAAGGGCUCCACUGUGUCCAGAGAAGCCAGCGACAAAGAGAAGGCCAAGGAUUUGCCGACCUUCAAAGACAACGAUUUCCUCAAUGAAGGACAGAAAUUGCAUGUAGGGGAGGAGAGUAAAAAGAAUUUCCUGGAGAAAUUAAAACGGGAUGUAGAGUUCCUGGCGCAGCUUAAAAUCAUGGAUUACAGCCUUCUGGUAGGCAUCCAUGAUGUGGACCGGGCAGAACAGGAGGAGAUGGAAGUGGAGGAGCGGGCAGAGGAUGAGGAAUGUGAGAAUGAUGGGGUGGGCGGCAAUCUGCUCUGCUCCUACGGGACACCCCCUGACAGCCCUGGGAACCUUCUCAACUUCCCCCGAUUCUUUGGCCCUGGGGAAUUUGACCCAUCUGUGGAUGUUUAUGCCAUGAAGAGCCAUGAAAAUGCCCCUAAGAAGGAAGUGUAUUUCAUGGCCAUCAUUGACAUCCUCACACCCUAUGAUGCCAAGAAAAAAGCUGCACAUGCUGCCAAAACAGUGAAACAUGGGGCUGGGGCGGAAAUUUCAACAGUGAACCCUGAGCAGUACUCCAAGCGCUUCAAUGAAUUCAUGUCCAACAUCCUGACAUAGUCGUCGUCUGCUUGCAGCCAGAACCCGAGUGCUGGGGUGGGAGCUGGGAAGGAAAGGGGGGGCAGGUGGAGAGCUGAGGGGGGAGAGGGUAAGCUUCAGAGAAGAGACUAACGUAGCCUGCAACACUGUACAAGACACUGUAGCAGCGUGUGCGAGAGUGAGUGAGUGAGUGUGUGUGUGUGUGUGUGUGUGUGUGUGUGUGAGAGAGAGAGUUUUGUGGGGAUCUUCAUCUUCUGUGCACCCUGGAUUCCCCCACUUGACCCUGGUGGAAAAGUGGCCCUCUCUUUGUUACUGAGACACCCAGAGGCUGGGCAGGGCUCCGUCGGGUUUAUUUGGGUUUUGUUUUUUUAAAUCGCAUUGCUUCAACAUUGUUAUUUAUAAUGUUGUGUGCAAGUCAUCCUGUUCUCCUCCACCCCAACUCUGUUUUAAUGAAAAAGCCCCAGUAGCCCUCCCUGCAUUGGGGCCAGUUAGAGCAAAGCACUAUGACAUCAGAAAGGAGAAUGCCAGUAACUUCCAAACCUCUUGGGGGGGAUUUGGUUGGAUGGAUUAUUUUUUUAAACUAGGGUAUCGAGUGCAGCUCUCCCCACUGCCUACCAUGCAUAGAAAUUCAAAAUGAGAUUGUUCUUCCAUCAGUACUUACUCCCUUCCCCCAGCCCCCGACAUGGCCCAGCACAGGCCAUGGGGGACUGAUGGCCAAAGAUGUCAGAGUUUGUUGGCUUUUGGAGCCAUUUGUUUUAAAAAGAGACUGCACAUGCCCAUGGAAUCCUGGCAGGUGUUUCCUUCUCAAAGCCUGCCUCCCAGUGGAUCCCAGAAGUAGAAAGUACGCUAAUGGAUAUUAUCAUCAUGUAUUCAGUUAUUUUUCCCUUCUAAAACCUCAAGAAAUCAGAGCAUGAAAGUCACCGAAAAUCUUGUGUACUUCUUCCCUUUCAAUUUAAUCUCCCCCCCUCCCCAAACCCAGCAAGCCUUAUUUAGUUUUGGACUUGUGUGGGUCCAAGUUCUUAAUCUGAGGGAAGUUAAAUUGUUCCUUCUGAGUGUCUUCUCCAGUGAGAUCUUUCCUAGUUCUGUAAUAUAGAUGUCUUAUUCUUCAACUCCUGGUGUAGCAUUCAAAAGCCCUCAAGGUUAAUGAGUGAAUGUCCCUUUUCUAUUUGCAAUGGCUCAGGAGUCAUCUGGAGAAAACACUUCCAGUAAGUUAAAAGUCAUGUACUUAGUAAUAUAUGUGACCAAGAUCAGUACCAUCUGGGAUGACUUUAACCCCCCCAAAAUAACCCUGGAUUUUUAGCUAGUUGCCCAUUCAUUCUUCUUUCCAUUUAGAAAUAAUGGGCUUCUUCAACUUCAUUUUGGGCUCUCCUACCUCAGGGGCCCUGAUUUACUUUUGUUUCAGAAAUGAGCCAGGCAUAGGUCUUUCUGAGGUCAAGCAGUUUCCCCCUUUUCAGAGAGAAAACUCGGCCACAAGGGAUCUAACCAAGUGAAAAUACUGAGUGAGGGUGGGAAAAGGACAGACAACCAGGGCAAGUAUUGGAGAAGCUUGUAAAUAGUAUUGUCCAAGACAGUAUGGUUUGCCACACCAUUUGGAAUGAGGUUUGAUUUUCUUUGUUGUAGUUUGGGCUUAGCUUCUAAAGCAGGAAUGGGAAGCUUUUAUCCUCUACCUUUUGGCCUGGAUUCAUUAUAGGAAUGGAUUAGAGAUGAUAGAUUAGUCAUCCCUGCCCUGUGCUGCUUGGAUGAAAUUCAGAGAAGUGGUAGGUGCAAGGUACCUUGGAUCAGCUAUCUGCAACAAAGCUUCCAAGGUGACGGGAUAGAACUUGGAACCAGAUGACCCUCAGAAAGCCAGUCAGACUUAGGAAAGAAUUUAUGUAGGAAUGAUUUUUGGACUUGACCCCAUCCCUAAAUCAAGAAUGAAAAGUUGGAUAUGAUUCUAGACCUCUGUUGUCUGAGAAGUUUGGAAGAUUGUCCUUUUAACACUUGUGCUCCCAUCAUUCUCUUUCCAUUACAUCUGUUGAUCAUGUUGCCAUAAUGUGUAUAGAAAGUGCAGAUGUGAUUUAAUCAUUUAAAGAUAUACUACCCAGGUAUCUAACUUGUUUUUAACAUUAUGGUUUUUAAUUUUUUUUUUUUUUUGUAUAUUGUUUACAUUUUUGAGAGGUAGCAUUCUGUUUCAAAUACUCAUUUUGUUUCUAGUCAGUAUUUUUGGUUAUCUCCCAGCUGCAAGGUAAGAGUUACCAGCAUUUGAGUUGUGGUUUGGUGAUUUUUUUUAAAAAGGGUUUUAAAAAUGGUUACUCCAUUUUCUGCUAUUUCUCAGAACCUUAGGUUUUGUCCUUUGGAUUUAGAAUAUUUAAAAGCUAUUCAUCUUUAUUCAAGUUUUCUCAUUUUUUAAUGGUUAGAAAAUGUAGAAAAAAGAAGGGAACUGGUAUUCAAAGGCUGUUUCCCCCCACAUCCUUUGGGUAGGUGGAGUCUGACAUUUUCCCUGUCCUCCAUUUUUAUGUUGAUUUUGCACAGAAGAUAGCUCUAAGAAGAGAUGAGAAGCUGUUACAGUCUUAAUGUAAAAUUUAAGAGCAAUUCUGGAGUCUCUGGAGGUCAAAGGUUUAAAACAGGAAAGGCAGAGUGAAGUUAUAGAGAGGGUCUGUCUUCCUUUCCUCCUUUAGGGGACUAAGUAAUAUGUAUUUCUAUUAACAUGAGUCCUCCUCUUCAGACCUAUUUGAAUGUUUGUGGCUGCAAAUGAGAAUCCAGUAGGCUCCUUGUCACAGUGAAGAAUUACUCUUAUACCUCCACGAUAAAGACCACUACCUGAAGGCCCUGGCCUCUUUAAACUCAGUGACCACUAACCUUUGCAUGCAUUCAUGUCCCACCCCUACACUUCACCACAAUACACAUACACACAAACUCCCCCUUUCCAAUUCUGUUUGGUGGAUUGGAAGAUAUUCCAGCAAAUUAUCAGCCCAGCAAUCCAGGCUGAGUAUGCCUAGAUCCUUAAGGUUAUUCUCUCAAAAGGACUGGGCAAUCUAUAGCCCUUCUCUGGUCUCCCACUGAUUCUGUGGUGGCAACAUUAGUCUGACUGUAAUUGGUAAAGAGGCUGCUAACCCCUUCCUACUCUCCUGUUCUGUAUCUCAGGACAGGACCUCCCCAGCUGGUGCUUCUGACAUAUAUUUAUACCCUGGGUGGAAGAAGAUAGUACUUUGUUUUUGUCCUUAUCCCAGGAAAAAGAGAAAAUUAUCUACCAUUUUGCAUUUAGAAUGGAAGUGUUGUUUGCCUCAUUCUUAUGUAAAACAGCCCCCUUCAUAUGAAGAACAAUUUUAAACUCUAAAAGGCUAGGGAAUGGUUGGACUGGUUUAAUUUUUUAAGUACAGAGAGUAAAGGGAAAAAUUUUACAUUGCACCAAUAUGAGGGCUGAUGGAUGGCUCAUUUCAAAAGGUCCAGUUCCUUGUAUUUGAAACAUGGCAAUUCUAUAGAUCAUAUCAUCAGAAAAUUUGUAAUCAAUCAUUGUGCUUCUCUUCUCCCCCCCCCCCCCCCCCCUUUUUCAAGUCUUUACUUAAAGGUAUUCUUUACCUAAUCUCUUGAUGUCAUGUCCAUAUCUCCCAGAAAGGUUGGGGUAGCAGAUCUUAAGGGGAGCUUACUUAAGGAAGAACUUUUCUCGCCCUGCUCAUAGUCACUUUGCAAGAGAUCUAGUGUAAUGCCUCAAAGGAGAUAAGUCCAGGAUUGUUCCUUAACUGGUAUCAUGCUCUUCAGCACAGACAGAUCAUUGCAAUUGAAACAAAAUGUGAAUAAAGUUUUGGGUUCAACUUUUUUGGGGAAGGGAAAAACUCCACCAAUCAUGACAUCUAGAUUUCCAUUUUUUAAAUAGGAAUUUUCAGUCCUCUGUGCUUGUCUGUUUGCUCGGAGAAGUUUGAGACCCUAUUACUGUUUUGAAAUGCAUGCAUGUUAAAAGAUGAAUCUCUGACCCAAGGGAAAAAAAAUAAAACUCCAAAUUUUGUGUACA